AUGAGACUUUUCAUAAUUUUUGCGAGUUUGGCUCUGGCUACUUUUGAAAUUAGUCAACAAAAGAUUACUGGAGAUGAGAGUACAUCGAGUUCAGAUAGCCAAUCCACGGAAUCGUCAUUAAGAUCAAAUGAAUCUACAACUUCAUCGCCUUCACCUUAUGCAUUUUCAUAUAAUACAGCUGAUGUUGCUGGUAACCAAUUAGCUCGACAAGAGUCUGGUGAUAACAAAGGAGCUGUUAGAGGUUCAUACAGUUAUCGAGAUGCUGACGGAUUUUUCCGUUCUGUUGAAUAUAUUGCUGAUGAAAACGGAUUCCGAGUUGCAAUAAGAUCAAAUGAACCUGGACUUGGUGAUUCAAAUAAAGAGCUUUCAGCAAGCAUUUAUCUCCAAACUGAAGCUACUCCAGCAAGGGUCGCUUUUAAAGUCGAACGUCAGUUCCAUCAAAAACCAGUACAAGUGCAACAUCAACACCUCAAUCAGUCGUUUUAGCUUCUUUGACUCCAUCAAAAGUUCGAGUUUAGCCAAUAAAAAUUCUUUGUCUCGAAUUGCUCCAAUUAACUCAGUUCGACAAGCUAUUUCGUGUUUAGCCAGUUCACACGUUCUUUCAUUUCCUUCAACAACACCUUCAAAAGAUUUAAUUUACAAUCAAAAUUUACUUCAUAUAAUUUCAGAUUUAAAGAUUUACUCAAAACGACUGAUACACUUUUUGGCCUACCAUUUUAAAACUAAUCAUUAACUCGAUCAAAUCAUCAUACAAUGUAAUCAUGUAAUCUUUUUUUGAAAGACAAA